UAUUCUUGCUUUCAAAGCUCACCCACCCACUUCCCUCUUUCUCUCUCACAUUGCUUCUCCCUCGCCGCCGUCGACGUCCGUCCGUCCGUCCACCAUGAAAGGGGAGUACCUCGAAUCCCCCUCCGACCACCCUGGAGCAGCCACCCCGCCGACCCUCUUCGCCAAGCUCCACCACCCCUUCUCUCUCCAUCACUUCCGCCCCUCUCCUCCCUCCCCCGACAACCCCAGCCCCAGUCCCAAGGCCAAGCCCCCCGGCGAUCCCGCCUCCGGCGACGGCUCCACCAUCGAGGUCGUCCGUCGCCGCCGCGGCCGCCCCCCCGGGUCCAAGAACAAGCCCAAGCCCCCCCUCAUCAUUACCCGCGACCCCGAGCCCUCCCUUAGCCCCUACAUCCUCGAGGUCCCCUGCGGCUCCGACGUCGUCGCCUCCCUCCACAGCUUCUGCCGCCGGCGCUCCCUCUCCCUCUCCGUCCUCUCCGCCUCUGGCUCCGUCUCCGACUUCACCCUCCGCCAGCCCCCCUCCUCCCCAGGGCCCGGCGCCACCCUCACCUUCCGCGGCCUCUUCGACAUCCUCUCCAUCUCCGCUACCGUCUUCCCCCGCUCCCCGCCCGCCUCGUCCGGUGCCGCCGCCGCUGCCCCCAUCGCCUUCUCCAUCUCCCUCGCCGGCCCCCAGGGCCAGAUCGUCGGUGGAUCCGUCGCGGGCCCGCUCGUCGCUGCCGGGCCGGUCUUCGUCGUCGCGGCGUCGUUCAACAGCCCGACGUUCCACAGGCUGACGGACGCCGAGGAGGAGGCCGAGAACGCGCGGAGGGCGACGUCUGAAGCGGGGAGCGGCGGUGGGGAGGGGCAGUCUCCUCAGAUGACGAGUGGAGGAGAUAGCGGGCCGGGGCAUCAGCGGCAGGCGGAGCCGGUGUAUGGUCGCCAUAUGUCAUCGGAUGCGAUAUGGGCUCCUGCUCCGAGGCAACCUCCACCGCCACCGCCACCUUAUAAUUGAGUUCAGUUUCUUCAUUAUUAUUUUUUAUUUUUGGCCUUUUUGAAAAGUAUCUGAGGUUGUGAUCUCCUGUUGCUCGACAUGCUUUGUUAGAGGGAAUUCUUUCUUCUUCCUUAGUUUGAAACUGUGUUGCUUAGUUUUUGCUGUUUCCCGGUAAGAGAUUAGGCAAAAUAGUUAGUGCAGGGUAUACUGUUCUGGCA